CCGACAGCAAAACCUUGUCACAAACUCGACCGCGAGCGCAUCGUUGCGAUCAUGACGAAAAAGAUCCAGCCUCCUGGCCAAGAACGAGCAUAUCCCGAUCCAACCAAGACCGGCACGAUUCCAUUCGAAUAUGCGAAGAAUGGCAUGAAAGGCGAGACGGCAUAUUGGAUCUGGGGAGAUCUCAGCUCUGGCAAGACGCCUUUGAUAUGUCUGCACGGCGGUCCUGGCGUGCCACAUCAAUAUCUCCUUCCGAUAUCGCUCAUGCAGAAAGAUCAUGGUAUACCGGUUGUGAUGUACGAUCAAAUUGGCUGCGGUGGCUCAACGAGAUUCAAGGACAAGAAAGGAGAUCACGAAUUCUGGUCGCCUCAGCUAUUCAUGGAAGAGUUGGACAAUGUGAAGAGGUACCUGGGCAUCGAGGAGUUUGAUCUGCUUGGACAGAGCUGGGGUGGAAUGCUUGCAGGCCAAUACGCGAUCGAGAAGCAACCAGCUGGGUUGCGGAAAUUGAUCAUCUCGAACUCGCCAAGCAACAUGAAGGUAUGGGUCGAUGUUGGCAAUCGGUUGCGGAAGCAGCUUCCAAAAGAGAUUCAAGAUACCUUGGAUCGAUGCGAAAGAGAAGGAAAGGUUGAGACACCAGAGUACGAGGAGGCUGUGAUGUACUUCUACAGCUUGCACGUGUGCCGCGUCGACCCGUUCCCGAAAGAGCUGGAGAAGUCUUUCGAGCAGCUUGGUGAGGACAACACGGUGUACUAUAGCAUGUGCGGACCCAGCGAAUUCUUCAUCAUCGGAAACCUCAAGAAUUGGAGCAUUACUGGGAAGCUGGAUCAGAUCACGGAAACCACCGUUCCUGGCGGAAUUUUGAUUAUGAAUGGAUACUAUGAUGAAGCUCAAGACGAGACCACGGAAGCCUUCUUCACAAAGCCGUCGGCUAGGGUGAAGUGGGUGCGAUAUGCGCUGAGCAGUCAUAUGCCCAUGCUAGAAGAGACGGAAAAGUAUUUGACGGAUCUUGGCAGGUUCUUGACGCAGGAGUAGACGGACUGACCAUGCCGCUAAUCGAAUUUUGAUUCAAAUGAUCAGAUCAAUGCGCC